AUGUCCAAUGAAGGCUUCGUGUCCCCGGACCGGAGGCACAACGUUGUGAGCCGAUGGAAGGUGUGCUUCCCGAAGAAAAAGGACUUCAUCAUCUCUGUGAAGAGCGAUGAGAAGGACCUCGCCGAGACCCUGCUUCAAAGAAUCAGGGAGCUGGGCGAUGCCCCGGCGGAGGGGCUGAAGGCCUUUUGCAAGGCUGCGCUGGAUCGACUCAGGGCCGAUGUAGCUGGCGCAGAUGAAGCAGCAUCAGAUCCGCCAUCGGAAGAAGAGCAGAAAGAUGACUGGGAAGGGCUGCUGGCUGAUCUUGUUGGGCCGGCGAGGCCAGCUGCACCAGCCGCGGCAGUUCCGGCAGUUCCGGCAGCGGCGCCGGCAGCGCCAGCGGCAAACACAACGUCAACAGUGAAGCCGGUGAAGAAAAAGGACAAAACAGAUAAGCUGACAAAGGCAGCAGCUGGAGAAGCUGCGCCGGCCCCGCCGGUUGAGACAAACACGUCCGCGCGAGCUGAAGCCGCUCCAGAUGUGGGAGCUGGAAGCAGCAGAGACAAGCGCAGGCGUCCUUCUGCCGAAGUUGCUUCAGAUGUGGUCAAGGAGCCGGAGCCGGCGCCAGCAGCUUCCCCGAGCGCAGCCACAAACGUUCGUGCGCGCCCGGCUGGGGAGUCGGGCCCGGGCCCUUUGGACUGCCCCAUCUGCUGGGAGCCCUACGACGGCGACAAGCGGGAGCCAGGCAUGGGCAUGGGAAAGUGCGAGCACACGGUCGGCUGCAAAAGAUGCGUAAAGGACUUGCUUCGACGCCAGCGGGUGGGAGCCUGUCCUUUGUGCCGCCGGGAGUUCACCGAAUUCCGGCGGAACCUGGGUCUGCGGAGCGUCGUUGCAGCAGGCGCCCCGAGCGGGGCUGCUCGGGCCGAGCCGCAACUGCGGCCUUCCACGGUGGAGCCCGGGUUCGUGGACCCGCCCAGCGCUUGCCGGAAGCGCCCAGCGCCACCGGCAGCGCCGCUUCGGCCGAAGGCGCCGAAGCGUCUGCCGAUGCCGCGGCCACGGCCGUUUCCGCCAAAGGCGCCCGGUCCUGUGCCGAGCGUGUCACAAGGAGUGUCCAGCGUCCACGGGGAGGUGAAGAAACACAUCAAUGUGGGGACGAAUGGGGUUGUAGUGUCUCAAAAGCUCCUUCGGCAUCUGCAAGCGGAGAUCCCGACUUUGGAGGCGUCUUGGCGGGUCAGCAUUGCUUUUGUCAAGGAAGGGGACAAGUUCACAGGUCACGUGGACAUCGGCGGGCCUUCCUGCCCCUACGUGCAGCGUGCGGCCGACCAAUUGCGGGCCAAGUGCUCGGAGGAGGCCGUGAUCUCGGUGAAAGUUCCGGAAGACCUGGUGGGUUGCAUCAUUGGCAAGGGCGGCCAGGUCAUCAAGGAGCUGGAGGUGCUCCAUGGCGUGUCGAUCAAGAAGAUGCAGAUCAAAGGCCCCAGGCAUAAGUGCUGCACCUGCGCCGAGCGACUGGAGCUCUUUGUGGAAAGGAGUGAGGAGAUCCAGGAGGAUGUUUCCAUCAACCCCGCCCUGGGAGGCAUCUUCACGAGAGACGUGCUGCAAAGCAUCCAGAUGAAAGAGGCGUGCCAGAGGGUCUUAGAGCUGGUGCAGGAGGACAAGCCCUUGCAGGCCAGAAAGAACCUGGUCAUCAUCCAGCAGCAAAAGGAGGACGGGCCAGUGCUGACACUCAAGGGCUCCAGAGCUGCGGUGGCGGCCGGCCGUGCCCGGAUCCAGGCGAAGAUCGAUAAGACCACCGUGCUGGUGACAGAAGUGCCAGCGCCGCCAGACGUGCAAGCUUUGGUGCCAAAGCUGAAGUGGCUGGCGCGGCACGGGGUGAAUGUAGAAGUGGCCACACACGUGAUCAGGAUGCGAGAUGCUUGGGUUGAAGCCAAUGAGCUCGACAGCAACGAAGCGGUGGAGGUGACCUUGGUGGGCGAGCUGGCCGCCUGCCACACUGCCAGGGCUGAAGCCAUGAGCAUCGCCCGGAGGGAACUCCACCGCCAGCGCAGCGACUACGCCUCCGCGCAGGAGAUGGAGCGAAUCGUGGACGAGUUCCAGACCUCUUUGGGUUCCUUGCCGGAAGCAGGCAAUCGUCGCGACCGCGCUACUGGGAAGCUGGAGGAGGUCCUGGACACAUCCGGAGGAGAAACCCCCAGUGGACGCGGCAGAGCUUCCUGCAGAGGGGCAGCCGCAGGACGAAGCUGGAAACGCCUUCCCGCGCCGAUGCAACCGCCACGGUAG